ACACACAUCUUGGCCGUUUGCUCUUCGAAUAUGACCCCAGCGCCUGUCUUGAUCAUGCGAAAUUUCCACAUCUAAAGUUUAGUUAGGCCUACUAAUUUAAGAUCUGUGUUUGCCUGAAAAGACUCAAAGAUGAAGUGCGUACUGGUAGUCCGGAAUCCUAGCAUGCCCGACAUUGUCUUCAUGUGGAAUGAUUGUGAGUUCAAGACGCACCUUGCUAAGUCUGCAUAUGAUCGGGGCCUGACAGAGCCGGAUGAGAUCCUUGGGGACUUGGACAUCAGUGUUGUGACGCAGUAUUUCUCACCGAUCAUCGCAUCCCACGGACUUCUCUCAUCGGAAAUGAACUGCCCUUACUCCAGUAUUACAUGUAACAAUGACUUCAUCUUUGUGAUGAAACAAUUUGGUCAGCACCUGUACAUAACUGUCAAUGGAGACGGAGAGGAGACUGAGCAGUUCCUUCACAAGAAGCUCUUGGUCUUUCAUCGCAUUAUUCAGUUCUUCUAUGGUGCAGCAACAGAACAGUUGCGUAAGGAUAAUCCAAGUCAGAGAGAUUUAUUAUGGGAUACCUUAGGCUCUGUCUUGGAUAGCUGGUGUGAGUUGUACCACAGGGAACAGUCCUUUCUUUUGGAGGCUUUGGAGACUCUAGAAGUCAACCAAACCUUGAAUGAACUCUGCAUCGGGCUCUUGGAAUCUGUCCUUCUCAAGUUUAAGUCUGCUGGAGAUAAGAAUGCAGCCCACGCCAUGUUGAUUACAGGAGCUAAGCUCUUGCAGCUCUAUUCAAGUCGCAAUGCACCCGAGCUCCACCAGUCCGACGUCCUCCUGAUUGUGACGCUGGCUCGGUCCCUCUUCCCUGCACCAAAGGGCCCUCUGCAGGAGAUACAGGACGAAGCAUCGUCUCAGAGAGGUGGAGGAGGAGCAGGAUCCGACAGGGAGAACAGACAGUCGGGUGUCUUCAGCGAUGGGGAGUUCAUGAGUGCUGGAGAGGGAGGAGGCUCAGAUGGGUCACAGUACUAUAGUCCAGCCAACACGCACGAAGACCGAAGCCCCUUGCCAUCAGAUGACCCGGAAGAAGAGAAACCAGACGCCAGUUCCAAUCCUCAAACUGAACAAGAACCAAUACCCGAUGGAGAGCUGCAGGGGUCAUUAGCAGGUAGAAGGUCAAAGGGUGAAGGUCAGAGGUCUGGGAGUACAUCAGAGGAUUCUCAUACGGAUAGCUGGUGUGACCUGGCUGGGGGUCAUGGAGCAGACACGGCUAGUAUACCUUCCAUUGACUGCACUCCGGGUGGGCGUGUCCCAGAACCCCCAAACUCGCAAACCAUCUGGUAUACACCCAUUGAGGGACCAAAACCCCGGGAUGCGGACACCAGCAGCACAUCCACCCUUAAUUCCGAUCAACCUUCGACUCCCUCCAAGUCGGCCAUGCCCAUCCAGAACACGACCCCAGUGCAUGAGACCGGUCCGGCCCCAUCCACCCCCACCCAGGCCUCCGAGAGCUGCCAUUCCACCACGGCUUCACUAUCGUCAGGGGCGGCAACCAGGAGGAGUAGGAGGGAUAGGAGAGCAGGAGGGAUCCUUGACGACGCAGCCCAGAUGAUGGUGUUUCUCCAGCAGUCUUGCCCGUACAGCCCCCACGUUCUCCAUGUCGUGCGGCUCCUCCCGAGCAUCACGUUGGUGGUGGUGUCAGAGAUAAACAAUCAGGUUGCGACAUGGGUCAGUAACUGCUUGAAGCGCCUGAGUGAUCUCCUGAAUGCCCUGUCAAGGAAAGAGACAGGUGAAGCACUCCAGAGACAAAGCAGCGUAGGCAAGCUGGAUGCAGAUCUCAAGCAGCUUGGGAAUGCCGUCAAGAAGUCAAGGAUCCAAGGUGUACAGCAAGUCCACACAGAUCUCAUCAAGCAGUGGACGGUCGCUAAGGGGUGUGGCUUGACAACAAACCAGGGAUCUAGUGUUUCUAUGGCACAAAGACUGGAAUCCAUUCUCUCGGAAAUGGGCAAAACCCUCAAGACCAUCUUCACCCGUUGCUACGUCCACCGCAACGCCCCCCUGAUACGCCCCCCAUCCCGCUACCUGCCGGUCAUCGGGGACGUGCGUGCAUCCCUGGAAGACUCACUGACCCUCUACCACGAGUACCUUGCGGUGCGGGCGGAGCGCAACAUCACCAUGACCAACUACCUGGAAGAUUUUCCUGGUCUGGUGCACUUCGUCCAUGUGAACAGGACCACCGACAAGGUGCUGGCGCCCUCUAUCAACAUCAGUUGUGAGUCGGAGCAUGUCGGUGGCAAGAAGAAACUGCUCCAAGAGAAGGUUUGGAGCAUGGUUGAGGAGUGUCACGAGAAACUUCAGCAAGGAAUCGUGAUGGAGACGGUCCGAGAAGGAGACUUCACUCUCUCAUAUCUCCUGUACUUUGAAGACCCAGGGGGUCUGCUUGUCUUCAACAGAGGGCUCCCCAAGACUACGAGGAGCCCAGUCCCUGGUAUACUAGCUGGAAAAUAUUUCAGAGAGGUAGUGGCCCAUGCCUUUCCGGGAUUGACAGGGGUGACCUGCUGUGAGCUGUUCUGCAUCCAUCUGUCAGUGGUCCCCUCGCCGAUGAUAGCCAAUCACAUCCGGAGGUUGAGGAUCAUGCUACGCUCUGGCGAUGCUAUUGCUCCGGUAACCCUGCUUUGAGUCUUGAUGAAAGUUUGAGGAUCAGGCUUCACUCAAGAGAUGCAAGUCAUUCCAGUAGCCUUGCUUUGUUUAGUGACAACAUUUCAAGGAUCAUGCUACGCUGUGGCGAUGCUUUCGCUCCGGUAACCCUGCUUUGAGUCUUGAUGAAAGUUUGAUGAUCGUACUUCACUCAAGAGAUGCAAGUCAUUCAAUUAACCUUGCUUUGUUCAGUGGCAACAUUUCGAGGGGCAUGCUACGCUGUGGCGAUGCUUUCGCUUCGGUAACCCUGCUUUGAGUCUGGAGAAAAGUUUGAGGAUCAUUCUUCGGUCAAGGAAGGCAAGUCAUUCUAGUAACCUUGCUUUGUUUAAGGACAACAUUCUGAGGAUCAUGCUCUGCUCUGCAAAUGCCCGAGUUACCAUGCCGUGAAUUGUGCAAAAAGCUAGAGGAUUAUGCUUUCUUCUGGAAAUGCUAAUGCUCCAGAUAAACCUGCUUAACCCUGCUGAUAGGCAUGAAACUGAUUGGAUGAUCAUACUAUGCUUUGUGCUGCUAUGUCUCCUGAUACUCUGCUUUUAGGAUCACCCUUUUCUCUUUAGGAUGUUAUCGACCCUAUCACCCCUCUCUAAGGUAUGGCCAAGUAAGAAUACUCUUGAUUUUCCUAUUGACCACUUGCUUGAAAAACCAGGAUAUAAGUUUAGCUCCAUGGAGGAAAACCAAUGAUGUCGAUUGAUUUAGAAUCUGUCUUUGUUGUACUUAGGCCCUCGAUAAUGUAGAUUGUUGUACAGUAUUCUAUUCAUGCAUAUAUUUAUUAAUCUCUUGCUGAUAGACCAAGUCCACUCUUGCCAGGGUUACCCCCACCAUUGAUAGCUAGGCACAUUGGUAGGAUGAGGAACACUUCCAGCUAGUUAGGAUGUUGUCAUUCCAGAUUCCAGAUACCCUGCUGUGCUGUGGUUCAUAAGAAAAUAAGAAUAGAUUUUAUUGUUGUUGUUUAAAAGUCAAAAGUACAUGUACACUCCUUCAAAUAUGAUUUUAAAGAAGAACUAAACUCAAACAAGCAUAUAAAUCCCAUCACAACUGGAUGUAAAUAGGUAAGUUAUGUAAUUGUGAUGUUUUACGUGUAUACAAAUGGCAAGUAUUAAGUGCCAGUAAUAUACAGUGAUUCUGAAUAAUUUGUUGACCCCACCAGAAAAUGAAUAUAUUUAAAGUGUUCAAGUUCUGCCAUGUCUUAGAUAAUUGUGAAGUCUAUUGAUAAAAUAUUACAUUCAGCAAAGUUUGUUUCUCUGGGCUCGCCGAUCAUCGUAGUGUUGUCUGUUUUCAAUACUUCGCAUGAAGGAGUGCAUUUUGUGGUGGGGCUCACUACAUGUACAUUUGAGCACAAUUGUAUGCUAAAAACAGACGAGUAUACUACCCGCAAUUAAAUGGUAAUUGUCUGAACCAGUUUUUAGAACUGUUUCUUUACAAUGACAUAGGUUUACACAAUGACAUAGGUUUACAUGAAGUUGAGUAUAGGUCUUAUUCAGGUGCGUAUCAUCCAAAGUUCUAUUGCUUCAUUGUUUUCUACAAGUAAGGUAUAUGGUCGAUUCCAACGAAAAGUGUACAAACACAUUUUUUGAGGUACAAAUUUCAAAGUGGUUUAAACUUUAUUUCUUUUCACGCCUGCAAAAAACAUAGGUUAAACAACUCAUAACAAAAAUUGCCAUCACUAAUCUCUUAAAAUUACCUUGUGCUGAGGGGGUGAAGUUAAAGUAAGACAAACGCCUGUUACCUACGAAUACACGGUACUUAUGUUACAAGCACACAAAAUUAUAAAACCAUAUGAUAUGUUUCAUUUGAACAAAAGAUGGUAAAUUAAUUACAAUGCUAUAGUGAUUGUAUGUACAAUUAUUUUUAUUUUAUAGUCCCAUGUUAGGCUGGUUUCUUGCAUAAUAGAUUUACUUUACCUUUUUUGAACUAGUGAACACUAAACAUGACAUUGCUUCACUUAAUGUAGUUUCAUUACCUUUUUAAUACAAGUGCUGAAUUCCAUGCAAUUAUAAGUGGAUGAAGUACCAAUUUUAGCCAGCGAUCACUUUUUAGCACAUAUCUUAAAUAUUUCUUCUGACGAUUAUUCGAAAAAUGCGUAUUCGUAGGUAACUAAUUGUAUACGAAGGUAACAAGCACAUUACUUAUGAGGACAGAAUGGUUUACUUCACAAACCAAAGCCCCGUCGUAGCUAUUAUCAAACUUAACAAGUACAACGUAUUUACAUCGUAUUUUCAAGCAAUAAAAACUUACUAUAUACUAUAACAAUGGUUGUUAUGCUUUAAACUUACCAUGUGGGUAGUAUAAUCCUAGU